CGGGGCGCUACAAUGUGGCGUUCGGUCAGAAGUUGCUAAAGACGGACGCAUGAGACUUGCGGAUCGCCGGAGCUAAAUUGAAAUAGAGUGUCAGUCUACCUCCACACAGACAGCGAUCAUGAGAGUCCUCCUACUGCUCUCCAUGCCAGUCCUCCUGCUAGCUCAGCCCCCCCUCUACCAAGAACCAUUUCCUUUCCUGGAGGACUAUGGCCCUGAUUAUUUCCCAGAUAAUCCUGUCACGGAUGUCCAGCAGCAGGUUCCCCAAACGUUACCUGGUCCCGAACGUCCUGGUCCUCACACCUUUCAUUAUUUAUUAUCAACUGAGCAAGAGACAGAGCCCACAGAACCUGGCCCCCUAGAUUGUCGAGAGGAGCAGUACCCCUGCACCAGACUCUACUCUGUUCACAAACCAUGCAAACAGUGUCUGAAUAGCCUCUGCUUCUACAGCUUGCGAAGGGUGUAUGUGAUCAACAAGGAAGUGUGUGUCAGGACCGUGUGUGCGCAUGAAGAGCUGCUAAGAGCUGACAUGUGCCGUGACCAGUUCUCUCGUUGUGGUGUAGCGGCGGUGAGUGGCCAGUGUGGGUCACUGGGGAGCAGCUGUGGGAAGAGCUGUGGAGGGUGUUGAGAACAUGGGACACAUCAGAGAACACCAGCCCAAAUACUGCCACAUCUCUAGGGUCCACAUCCCACCUUCCCAUCCCAUUUUCUGUUUAAUCUUUGACUGUAUUCCACAUACUUUUUGGUACCAAAGAACUCCCAUGUUUGUCUUUUCAUCUCGCCUCUCCUCCCUUUCAGAAUUACAUACAUAAUGAGAAGUGGGAUCAGUAGAACGUGUGUAUGGAUAAAUAUAUAUAUUCUUUUAUACUCAACAGAACAUUGAUGACUGUAUAAUGUCACUGGUGCUAUAAAAUCACUACCACACUGGUGCUAAGGAAUGGAAAUCAGCAAUCAGAGGCACAUAAAAAAGCAAAGUUUUUAUCUUGUUUUUUCUGCCUAAUUUGAUCCUAUAUUCUAAAUCAUUGUGUGAUGUUUGUUGUUGUUUACUAUACCGGUGUUGAAUAGCAGUCAUAGUACUGAGGGGACAGCUCUAUACCUGUGUUGAAAAGCCAGAGUGACAGCUACUGCUUACUGACCUCAACAACAGAGGCAUUAGCAAAACUCAAUCAUCCCACUGCCUUGGCACUGACUGGGUGGCAAGCAGCGACAAUCAGACUUGAAGAGACGGGUGCUGACCCCUGACUUCUCGAGUGUUAUUGUGUAACAUGGUCAACGUGACUAGAGCUACAGUGGCUGGUGACCUUGCAGUGAGUGCAUAGGUUCACAUAUCAGUGGCAAGAAGUGCGGCUCACAAAUUGUUACUGUACUACUGCUUUGUAAAACCCUUUCACUAUACUGGAGAAAAAAAUAAAUGUUUUUUUUACUACAACUUUA